UCUUAACCUAGUCCAAAAAAUGUUUAUUUUGAGCACAGAUGUAAUUUAUUUCAAUAAUGUUGGCACAUUGCAAAAAAAUUCAAUAUUUGCAAAACCCUUUUACACCCCCAAUUACAAAAAAUGUUGGAAAAUGGGGCUGAAUGAAAUGUUUUGGUUUUUGUUGCUCAGAAGUAAAUAAAGCUCAGUUCCUAUUUGACAAUUAUGUCCCAAGUGGUGUAUUUCAUCACCUUGUAAAUAUAUGAACGGCCCUUCUCACCAACAGAAUCAUUUGACAUGACUGUUCUACAAUUUGUUUUAAUACUCUGAUGUUAAAGGAUGCUGGAAACUCUUAGUUAUUUACAGGAAGCAGAUUUUAAACUUUACUGUUUUCCUGAAUUGAAUUCAUCUUGCAUCAAAAACCCUCACAAUGUGGCAACUCAGACUGUGAUAUAUUUUAUACUGGUGUUUGCAAUGACCAUUACAAUUCUAGGGAACUCUGUGGUCAUCAUCUCCAUAGCUCAUUUUAAACAGCUUCACACACCUACAAACAUUCUGGUGAUGUCUCUGGCACUGGUGGAUCUGCUUCUGGGAAUCACGGUCAUGCCGUUCAGCAUGAUCAGGUCUGUGGAUGGCUGCUGGUACUACGGAGAAGGACUGUGUUUUUUACACUCCAGUUUUGACAUGUGCCUCACUGGAGCAUCAAUUUUCCAUCUGGUUUCUAUUGCAAUUGAUCGAUAUCAAGCUGUUUGUUAUCCACUUCAGUAUCCGACAAGAGUGACUAAACCUGUUGCAUGGUUUAUGGUAGCUGUGAGCUGGACUGCAGCAACAGUGUACGCUUACAGUCUCCUACUUACAGAACCAAGCAUAGACAGUGAAUUGACAAAUUGUUUGGGAAGUUGUAACGUUGUUAUGAAUGCACUAUGGGCUACACUCAGUAUAGUUAUAGGUUUCUUUUUACCAUGCUGUGUUAUGGUUUGUUUGUAUGGUAAAAUAUUUUUCAUUUCAAGAAAGCAUGCAAGAAGAAUUAAGGAGAAAAAUAUGAUUUUAAACAAGUUUUCACAAACAUUGAAACAUGAGAACAAAGCAGUAAAAACUCUUGGGAUUGUUGUAGGGGCCUUCAAUUGUUGCUGGAUGCCAUAUUUUGUUACCACCCUACUUAAUCCUUUUAUUGACUCUGCCACCCCUUUUUUAUUUUAUGAUUUUUUUGUCUGGUUGGGUUACAUUAAUUCCACCUUAAACCCCAUCAUAUAUAGCUUUUUUUAUCCCUGGUUCAGAAAAACACUGUAUCUUAUUGCUACAUUAAAAAUAUUUGCUCCUCGCUCAUCUGAGAUAAAAGUGUAUACAUAA